UGGUUAUAAACAUAUUACUACUAUAUUCUCUUUCCUAAAAACGAAAGUGAAAAUUAUUCUUGAGCUGGAAACAGCUCCAAUGUAACCCAAAUCUGAAUAAUUUCCUUUUUCCUACACAUUCCUUUCUUCUUCUUCUCUCACACAAUCUCACUCUUUAGCGUCCAUCUUCGACGCUGCACUUUGCUCCUUUUCUCUCUCUGGUACUGUAUAUCCUCAAUUCCCUUCUAUUCAAUGUUCAUUGCCGACAACAAUGCCUUCCACUUUGUGAUUCACGUCAUGUUAGUUUAAUCCACCUGUUUCAGAUCUUGGCUUUCACGUUCAAUUUGCAAUGAAAUAAUCGAUUUUUCUUGUUAAUUUUCUGUUUUCAUCCGAAAAUGGAGAUUUCCAGUGGAGGCUGUUCUCCUCGGAUUAGGUCUGAUCAUUUGAAAAGAGAGGGAUCAGAUGAAGCACGUUUACGCCAAGCUUUUGAAUUGCAAUUCUCCGAUGAUCACAAUUACGAAAUCAAAUCAAUGAAUGCUUUGGAUAUUCUCAGAGAGACUAUAAGGAUUCUUAGGUUUAAUUCAUGGGGUUUCAUGAUAAUCACUGUUUUGCUUAUUUGUCCUGUUUCUGCUGUGCUUUUGUCUAAUGUGUUAGUGGAUGAAUCCAUUGUUAAGAAUCUCACUAUUAGGCUUAUGUUGGUUGCUGAAACUAGUGGUCUUCCUUUGAGACCUAUGAUUAAGCAGUCUUGUCAGAGGUUCGCCGAGACUGUUAUCUCGUCGGCGAUGUGUUUUCCUUUGUAUGCCACUUUGUUGUUGCUGUCGAAAACUGCUGUGGUGUAUUCUGUUGAUUGUAGUAAUUCGAAAAAGAAGUUUGAUUCUUCUAAGUUUUGUGUGAUUGUUGCUAAGUUUUGGAGGAAGAUACUUUCGACUUAUAUGUGGGCUUGUACGAUUAUAGUUGGCUGCGUUACUAUGUUCUGUGUUUUUCUUGUUGCGUUCUGUAGUGCGUUGGCUGUUCUUGGGUUUUCUCCUAAUGUUGUUGUGUAUGCUGCAUUGACGGUUGGGCUAGUUUUCUCUGUUGUCUUUGCUAAUGCUAUAAUCAUUUGCAACAUUGCGUUGGUGAUCUCGGUGCUUGAUGAUGUUUCGGGGGCGCAGGCGAUGCUGCGGUCUAGUAUUUUGAUAAAGGGUCAGACUCAGGUGGGUCUGCUGAUAUAUCUUGGGUCAACAAUUGGGAUGGCCUUUGUGGAGGGGCUUUUUGAGCACAGAGUAAAGACACUGAGUUAUGGUGAUGGAUCUUCGAGAAUGUGGGAAGGGCCGCUCUUGGUGAUAAUGUAUUCGUUUGUGGUGCUUGUAGAUUCCAUGAUGAGUGCAGUUUUCUAUUUCAGUUGUAGAUCUUCUAGCAUGGAAAACUCAAAUGGUGAAGGCGUAUCAAUUUUAGAAACUAUGGCCAUUUCUGCUGAAACAAUAGGCAUGCAAUGACAAUUCCCAGUGUGAUAUUGAGUAUAUCAAUUGAAUUAAUAAGAAGAAGCAGAAGCGGUAUAGAUUGUUCCCAGCAAAUUGUGUUGCCAUUGAGGAACCUUGCAUCAAUACCUCUUCAGAACAUUGGAUAUGACAGCUAUAUGGAGUGGAUGGCUUUAAAUGGCUUUCGCCUUGAUGAGGUAGCUCUCAGUACAUGGAUAAGGCUUCUUUUAGUUACUUUACAAACACAGAAACUUAAAAUCAGGGUACUUGAUGUUUUUAGUUUCUUGUUAUGUCAGUGGCAAAGGUAAUACUUUUGUAAACAAACGGAAGAAAUCAAUUCAAAUCAAAGCAUAUGUUUAUUGUUCAUA